AGGCAGGGGGUGGGCCCACUAUAUCCGGGCACCGGAAGCUGGAUGAAGCCCUUAGAAAAGGAGGAAGUUCCGAGCUGGGGUGACCUGUGGGCGUCCUCCUCGAGCUCCCGGCGACACCGGCGGUAUAGCUUGGGACACUAGACUAGGGACUGCCCAAUAACAGAAAAUAGAAGAACAAGGCAGGUUACUCUGAGGAACCAGUCAGGACAUUCUCCAGACAAGAGUGAAGAAACAAAACAAGGAGAGUCUCCAAAUAUGGUGUGUGAGCGUUGAGUUCCGGUCCUGGUCACGCGCUGUAAAAGCAUCCGAAGGCAUUCGGGCAGGUGACUUAGCACUGGAUGUUGGAGGGAAUUAUUUUAUAUAGACGUCUUGUGAAACCAUUGCACAGAUCAAGUGAUGAUCAUACAGAGAGUGGUGUUGAAUUCCCGACCUGGGAAAAAUGGAAACCCAGUGGCAGAGAAUUUCAGGGUGGAAGAAUUCAGUUUGCCGGAUACUAUCAACGAAGGACAAGUUCAAGUGAGAACUCUUUAUCUCUCCGUGGACCCUUACAUGCGCUGUAAGAUGAACGAAGACACUGGCACUGACUAUUUGGCACCGUGGCAGCUGGCGCAGGUGGUUGAUGGAGGAGGAGUUGGAGUUAUAGAGGAGAGCAAGCACCAGAAGUUGGCUAAAGGCGAUUUUGUGACUUCCUUUUACUGGCCCUGGCAAACGAAGGCAAUUCUAGAUGGGAACAGCCUUGAAAAGGUAGACCCACAACUUGUGGAUGGACACCUUUCAUAUUUUCUUGGAGCUAUAGGUAUGCCUGGCCUGACUUCCUUGAUCGGGGUACAGGAAAAAGGUCAUAUAGCUGCUGGAUCUAAUCAGACGAUGGUUGUCAGUGGAGCAGCAGGUGCCUGUGGAUCUUUGGCUGGGCAGAUUGGCCACCUGCUUGGCUGUUCCAGAGUGGUGGGAAUUUGUGGAACGCAUGAGAAAUGUCUCUUUUUGACCUCAGAGCUGGGGUUUGAUGCUGCAGUUAAUUAUAAAACAGGGAGUGUGGCAGAGCAGCUGCGAGAAGCAUGCCCGGACGGAGUGGAUGUUUACUUUGACAAUGUUGGAGGCGACAUCAGCAAUGCGGUGAUAAGUCAGAUGAAUCAGAACAGCCACAUCGUUCUGUGUGGUCAGAUCUCUCAGUACAAUAAAGAUGUGCCUUACCCUCCUCCACUGCCCCCUGCUGUAGAGGCAAUCCAGAAGGAAAGAAACAUCACAAGAGAGAGAUUUAUGGUAUUAAAUUAUAAAGAUAAAUUUGAGCCUGGAAUUCUUCAGCUGAGUCAGUGGUUUAAAGAAGGAAAGCUAAAGAUCAAGGAGACUGUAGCAAAUGGCUUGGAAAACAUGGGAGUGUUUUUGAGGCCAGGUUUCUUGCAGUCAAGGCUAGGAUGACCAUCCUGAACUCUUAUCUUUCUGCCCCAGGAACUACAGUUGCAUUCCAGUCCAUGAUGACAGGAGGCAAUGUAGGGAAGCAGAUCGUCUGCAUUUCAGAAGAUUCUUCUCUGUAGUCUUGGUGUAUCUUCAUCAAGGAAACCCUCCAUUUCUCACUUCCCACAAAGAUUCUUAAGAUACAUUUAAAAAAUAAUCUUUCAAUAUAGAUAGUUCUUGAUUCCAGUGCGAUAUUUUCUUUGUUGUAUAACUAUCUUCAAUAUCAUAUUCAUUAUAUACUUAACAUGUGAUUACUUGCCAUAAUACAGGGGUUCUCAACCUGUGGGUCACGACCCCCCCAGGGGUUAUAGAUCAGAUAUCCUGCAUAACAGAUAUUUACAUUAUUAUUCAUAAUACCAAAUUAUAGUUAUAAGGUAGCAACCAAAUAAUUCUAUGAUUGGGGAUCACCACAACAUGAGAAACUGUAUUAAAGGGUUGGUGUAUUAGGAAGGUUGAGAACUAAUACCACAGUAGAUUGAAGUUAGUAUUAUUUCUUUUUCUGUUUUUUUUUUUUUAACUUUAUUUUAUUUUUGAGGCAAGAUCUCUAUAUGAAGUCCACACUGGCCUCAAAGUUGUGAUCUUGUGGCUCCAUCUCCUAAGUCCUGGGACUGCAGGCAUGUACCACUAUGCCUGAUUAUUUUUCUUCUAAUAAUAACUAAUAAUAUUGUUUUGGAGAUGGGUCUGUUAGUUUAGCUCAGGCUGGACUGACUCCUGCUGCCGAGACUGCUGGGAUACCAGGCAGGUGUCACUAAUACUUGGCUAAUUUUGUUUGUAAAAACUAAUAUUACAUAUAUUUGUAUCAAAUAUUUAAAAAAAACCCUGGGUGGUUCUUAAACCCCAGGUUUUUAACCCCAACUGUUAAUGGAUCAUAUACAUCUUUAAAUUACUUGUAGAACUGAGUAAACACUCUGCUAAUUCUAAAGUGUGAGGCAGUUCACAUUUGUUGAACUUUUUACCGUUCUUAAACUGAGAGUAUUAGAAUUGAGAUAGUCUUUCCAUAUUUUUAAUGAGAGACUUUAAAAAUCUUUAUUUUAUGUACCCGCAUGUCUGUCUGUACAACACAAGCAUGCCUGGUACCUGCAGUGGAGAGUGGCUGCAGAGGGCAUUGGGGCACUGGAUCCCCUGGAACUGGAGAGUUCUGAGCUACCAUGUGGGUGCUGGGUUCUAGAAUUCGGGUCCUCUGGUGGAGCAGGAGAUGCUCUUCAGUGCUGAGCCAUGUCUCCAGCCUGCCUGUACUUAAUGGCCUAAGUGCGUAGGGUUUCGGGCAGCACUGGGAGUAUUUGGUGUAGGAGGGCAGAAGUUUUGUGUUGGAAGUGGUAUGAGAAGACAAAUGAGUUGCUGGGAAGCUCCAGAGACCAGGUUUAAUCCAGGAGAUGAUCUAUUUGUGUUCUGCCACACAACUGACUGGAGCAAGCCUAACAACUUACUACACACUGAUAAAAGCUUGUGAUUAUUUUAGGAUUUUUUUUUUUUUUUAAGACAGAGUCUGUUAGGUGGCUUGCUAUGUAAUCCAGGCUGCCCUGGGACUCAAAGCUAUCCAUUUGCCUGUCUGCCUCUGGAGUGCCAAUGUUAAAGGCCUGUGCACCAUGCUGCGCUUGUACUUUGGAGAGCUAAUAGAAACAUCACUAAGAAUUUCACUGAUUAAAGUGAGUUGAGGGAGUGGCCAGGGCAGAACACUGAUCAGUACUCUAGGGGCUUUGAGUUAAUCCCCAAUUGUACUUUUCCCCAACAAGCCCCAGGUAAACAAGCUUCAGAAAAUGAUAGGACUAAGUGAACCAACCAAUGGUUAUAGACAUGACUAUUCCAGAUAUACUAUUGUAUCACAUUAGUUUUAUUAAUUGUAACUCAACCUUUAGAAAAAUAAAACUGGAGAUGUUUUCUGAGUAUGA